UGUCCCUACAAAUAGAAGAAACGAAAAGAUUGAAUCACAUUAAAUGUUGGUUCAUGCCCCGAAGAUUCCUCAAGACCGAGUUUCUCGGAUUUCGGUUUCAUUCGCCAAACAUAUCGACAUUGGAAUGCUGAGUUUGAAAUGUCAUCAAGGUAAUAAUUAUCGCAAUGGCAGGAACGAGGUUUGUGACUCAUGUCAAGGCCAUUCUUCUGCUUAUUCUGGUUUUUGAGAUCAGUUCUAUUUCAUCCCAGAGUAGACAUGAGGAGGGUCGCUGUGGAUGCAGUUGUUCUAGCAGCACAAGAGCAUUCCCUACUAAGGUCUUCACUCCGCUGCUUAUGAGUGCUACUGUUGGGCUCUAUGUACUUGUCGCAGUAUUUUGGUUCGCUUCUGUAUGUCUGGCUUUGCGAUAUGGUCUCAAAAGCUGUAUUGAUUAUCUAAACUUCAACGACGACAGUUUUGAGGAUUACAACGAGAUCAUUGCGCGGCCCAGGAUUCGAGCCCAGAACUGCAACACCAAGUUCUUAGCAGAAAAGGAUCAGGCCUUCGCCAUGGAAUAAUUUUUAUAUGGAAGUGAAGGAUAUAGUCACCAGGAAGUAAGAAGUGUGUUGAUUAUAGUCACAGAUGGAUUAUGUACUAUAGGAUAGACUGUUUGUUCAGGGUUUUUUUUGUUGUUUCAGUUUGAUAGGGCAACUUGGUGAUGGGUUUUCUGUUUGAGCUAAUGUAAAAAGGUUGGGAUAGACCGUUUGUCUUCUAGCUAGGGCAUAAAUUAAGAAACAUGGUUCUGGCUUUUUAUAGGGAAACAUGGUUCUGGGUUUUAUGCUAAGAAAAUGUUUUGAGGUUUCUUUCUAUCACCUCCUCUCUUUUUUUUUUAAUAUUGUAAUAUUUUUGUUUUA